AUGUCCGCUGUUGUUGGGCCCCGGUGGAGGAGGACUCACCGACGCCGCGUCUUCCAGUCAGUCUUCCAGACUGAUAUCGAUAUCUCCCAGAUCACCAGCCUUCAGGUAACAACAGCCAACAGUUCCACUGGUGCCAACCAGUCAUUUGGCGGCCACACAGGGUCACUGUUCGAUGACCCGUUGCUGUCUUCGAAGCAGCAACGACGGCAUACGCGCCAUGGCCGUGGACACACCCUCCCGCCCAUGGGCGAGCGCCCUGAUGUCUAUCACCCCACCACGACGUCUUCUUCGCGACAUUCUACUCCUGAGCAAUCACUGCAGAUGGCUGCACAGCCACCUCUUCCCUCUUUGCCAACGACGGCGGCAAACGACCAGGAAGCCUAUGACCGCGCAUGGCACGUUGUAACCGCCCAUAUCGCCUUGCCUUCUUCUGCCACUGCCGAUGACUCGUUCGGCAAUCUGGCCGCUGAGUCGCAGCAAGGAUCUAGACGACUGGAACCUUCAAGCGAAUUCCUCGAUGCCUUUGCCCUCGUCAUCAAUGCUAGCACCUUGCUGCCCGGUGUCACCCAGACCAGGGACAUCGUGGCUUGGCACCUCCGCCAAGUGCGAUCGCACUUUGCCCAGCAUGUGGUCCCCCUUUUGGCCGGCUGCGUCGAUGACGCCGUUGGGGGGGACGACAGCAGCUGGCAGACCGGAAGGAGGGGCAAUUCCUAUGAAAAGCACAUGGUGACCGUUAUGAGCAGUAUACGGACGCUCGAGGCUGCCUUGCGGCUCUAUAUCUACGGCCUCGACGAGUUAUUGUCGGGAUUUAGCCGUCUGUCCGAUGGCUCACCGCAGGCUGUCAAGGAUGCUGAGCUGCUCAAUACUCGCUUCCGCCGGGACAUCCACGCUCUUGUUAGCAACUCGGCGUCUGAGGGCUUGAUGAGAUCUGUAAAAGCUGUUCUUGUCUGCCUUGCGGGGACUGUCUUGGGCAUUCCGUCUUUAAGAGAACCUUCGGUAGGCAAGGCACAAACCGCUCGACCCGCCCCACCGGGGCAUGACGAUCUGAGGGUAGUGGCCGCCAGGGAACGGCUCCUCGAGCUUGUUCAACAAUUGCACAACGUAGGCCUUGCCGGAGAGCGGUUCCAUGUGCUCUUCGCCGAGGUUAUGGAUGCCAUGAUGUCCGAAUUCGUAACCGGGGCCUACGCCGGCGUCUGGUCGGUGCCCGACACUCGUUCCUUCUCCGCCGCCAUGGAUACAAUAUCGGGGACUACGCCAUUGUCUGCUUCAUCACCGUGUAUUCGCUCCCUAAAUGACUGGGUUGAGAAUCACUUUGCGCAACUGAGCUUUCAGGUUCUGGCCUGCAUCUCGCCCGACCCUCACGGCGCCUUGCCGGUGUCACUCGGUGACCUCAAGACAUUCCAAUCCAUUGCCCUAGGCCGUCUGGCGGCUCUACGAAUCGAUGAGCUGUUUGACAUUGCUCUGGCAUGGCCCGCCUCACGGCCUGCGCUUGAAGACUUGCGCGCCAGCGUCACCACAGCGGCUCGCCGGAGACACCUGACAGACAGCUUCUCGCGUACUCUGCAGAGAAGACUGCUCCACCCUGGCUGUAGCACCCUCGAGAUCCUUCAGACAUAUAUCUCCAUCAUCCGUACACUUCACGCCCUCGACCACAGCAAAGUCUUGCUAAGCCAUGUCGAGCCGAGCCUGCAACUCUACCUCUGCCAGCGCGAGGAUGCGGUGCGCGUCGUUGUCUCGGGGCUUCUCGCAAGCCACGAGGAAGUGAGAAACGCGAGGAAGGUAAAGGAGGCCUGGAGGCUACAGAAUGAGAAGGCACGGAGGGAUGGGGAAGGUGACAAGUUGGAUUCAGCUCAAGGCGAUCUCAACCACAGUGCAAGCCGUGAGACCGGCGCUGUACCGCCGCGCAUAACCAAGCUGGUUGAGCUCGCUAUGCUGCUGAAUGACCCUUCCCAAACCCGCCACAACACCGCCGCUCUCACCGCUGACGAAGACCUCGACUGGAACGACAUGAAUUGGGUGCCGGACCCGGUUGAUGCUGGCGCAAACUACAAGCGGCCAAGGAGUGAGGACGUCAUCGGUACGCUCAUCUCGGCGCUUGGAAGCCAGGAUGUCUUCAUCAAAGAGUUCUCGGCCGUGGUUGCCGAGCGGCUCCUCGGGGAGCCCGCGAGCUUCGACCAGGAACUGCGCGUUCUCGAGCUGCUCAAGCGGCGGUUUGGUGAGGCGGCGCUGCAGAAUUGUGACGUAAUGAUUAAGGACGUGCAGGAUUCCCGGAGGUUGGACACUGCGAUAUGGAGGGCGAGGAGUACCGGGCAAACAAGGCAAGUGCUCAGCUCGGAGAUGCUGGAAACCAUUGUUACGGCUAAGGAGGAGGAGGGCGGCGAUCUCGAAUAUCACGCAAGAAUCCUUUCACGGCUGUUUUGGCCUGGUUUAGAGCGGGAGCAUUUCCUCCUGCCGCAGGUGAUCGUCGAGCAGCAGAAGCUGUACGAAAAGGGCUACGAGGAUCUCAAGUCCGGAAGAAAACUCACCUGGCUGAACCACCUCGGCCAGGCGCGGGUGGAGCUGGAGCUGACCGACAGGACGGUCACUGUCGACUGCACCCCGGUCGAAGCAACCGUUAUUUACGCUUUUCAGGAGGAUGAGGGCGGCGCCGGGCCAGUGCGGAAAACAGUGGAGGAACUCUAUGGAGAGCUCCAGAUGGAUGACGACCUCAUAACCGCCGCCCUUCGCUUCUGGGUCAGCAGGGGCGUCCUCCUUCAGCACCGUGCAGUAGCCGGCAGCCAGCACCAAUACUACUACACUGUCGCUGAGACGGCCGCGGCCGCCAAUAGCCCCUCUGUCCCUACCAAUAACCCGGCUGAUGGUCCCGUGUCAGCAGCCGGGACAGAAGCCGGGGGAGAAGCAGCCCUUGCCAACAUAAACGCGGGCGGCAGCAGCGGAGUGGGUGGCGGAGGAGCGAGUAUAAGCGCCAAGGAGCGCGAGCGCCGCGAGAUGUAUUGGCGCUACAUCCAAGGCAUGCUGACCAACGCCAGUCCGGUCAUGUCGCUCGGACAAAUGGCCAUGAUGUUGAAGAUGUCGGUUGCGGAUGGGUUUCAAUGGAGCAACGAGGAGCUGCAAGAGUUUCUCGGAGAGAAGGUCGCCGCGGACCAAAUGGAGGUUGUGGGCGGGAAGUAUAAACUGAAGAAGUGA